CACCAUCCUCCGAGCCACCAUGGGGCUGCUACUAGCCUGCCUGGUGGCCCUCUGCCUGGCCCUAAACUUGGCCAGGGGCAAGGAGGUGCAGAGAGAGGGCAGGACACAGAACCACGGCCACAACGUCUGCAGCACCUGGGGCGACUUCCACUACAAGACCUUCGACGGCGACAUCUUCCGCUUCCCCGGCCUCUGUGACUACAACUUCGCCUCAGACUGCAGGGACGCCUACAAGGAGUUCGCCGUGCACCUGAAGCGGGGCGCAGGCAGUGAUGGGCGCCACCCCCAGGUCGAGUACAUCCUGCUGACCAUCAAGGACGACACCAUCUACCUCACCCACCAGCUGGCCGUGCUGAACGGGGCCUUGGUCAGCACCCCGCACUACAGCUCCGGGCUGCUCAUUGAGAAGAAUGACGCUUACACUAAGGUCUACUCCCGCGCUGGCCUCACCCUCAUGUGGAACCGGGAGGACUCGCUCACGCUGGAGCUGGACAGUAAAUUCCAGAACCACACGUGUGGCCUCUGUGGGGACUACAAUGGCCUGCAGACCCACUCUGAGUUCCUCUCAGACGGCUUGCCCUUCAGUGCUGUCCAGUUCGGGAACAUGCAGAAGAUCAACCAGCCUGACGUGGUGUGUGAUGAUCCCGAGGAGGUGGCGGCCCCCAAGUCCUGCUCUGAGCACCGCGCCGCGUGUGAGGAGUUGCUGACAGCCGCGGCCUUCGAGGGCUGCCUGGAGCUGGUGCCGCUGGAGCGGUACGUGCAGGCCUGCAUGCAGGACCGCUGCCAGUGCCCGAAGGGUGCCUCCUGCACCUGCAGCACCCUCGCCGAGUUCUCCCGCCAGUGCUCCCACGCCGGCGGGCGGCCCGGGAACUGGAGGACUGGGACGCUCUGCCCCAAGAGCUGCCCCGGGAACAUGGUCUACCUGGAGAGCGGCUCGCCCUGCAUGGACACCUGCUCCCACCUGGAGGUCAGCAGCCUGUGCGAGGAGCACCCCAUAGACGGCUGUUUCUGCCCCAAAGGCACCGUGUACGAUGACAUCAAGGGCAGCGGCUGCAUCCCCGUGAACCAGUGCCACUGCAAGCUGCACGGACACCUGUACAAGCCUGGCCAGCAGGUCACCAACAACUGCGAGCAGUGCGUCUGCAACGCUGGCCGCUGGGCCUGCGAAGACCUGCCGUGUCCCGGGACCUGCGCGCUGGAGGGCGGCUCCCACAUCACCACCUUCGACGGGAAGAGGUACACCUUCCAUGGGGACUGCUACUACGUGCUGACCAAGAGCGACCACAACGACUCCUACGCCCUCCUGGGCGAGCUGGCCCCCUGCGGCUCCAUGGAUAAGCAGACCUGCCUGAAGACGGUGGUGCUGCUGGCUGACAAGAAGCGGAACGUGGUGGCCUUCAAGUCGGACGGCAGCGUGCUGCUGAACGAGCAGCAGGUGAACCUGCCCCACGUGACAGCGAGCUUCUCCAUCUUCCAACCGUCCUCGUACCACCUCACGGUCAACACCGCCCUUGGCCUCAGGCUGCAGGUGCAGCUGGAGCCCGUCAUGCAGCUCUUCCUGACGCUGGACCAGGCGGCCCAGGGCAGCGUGCAGGGCCUCUGCGGGAACUUCAACGGCCAGGAGGGCGAUGACUACCAGACGGCCGGCGGGCUGGUGGAGGCCACGGGGGCCGGCUUUGCCAACACCUGGAAGGCCCAGUCGAGCUGUGGGGACAAGCAGGACUGGCUGGACGACCCCUGCUCCCUCAACAUCGAGAGCGCCAACUAUGCCGAGCACUGGUGCUCCCUGCUGAAGAACACAGAGACCCCCUUCGGCAGAUGCCACUCGGCUGUGGACCCAGCCGAGUAUUACAAGAGGUGCAAAUACGACACAUGCAACUGUGAGAACAACGAGGCCUGCCUGUGCGCCGCCCUGUCCUCCUACGCCCGUGCCUGCGCCGCCAAGGGCGUCACGCUGUGGGGCUGGAGGGAGCAAGUCUGUAACAGGGAGGUGGACUCCUGCUCCAACUCGCAGAUCUUCCUCUACAACCUGACCACCUGCCAGCAGACCUGCCGCUCGCUCUCUGAGGCUGACACCCACUGCCUCCAGGGCUUCACGCCCGUGGACGGCUGCGGCUGCCCCGACCACACCUUCCUGGACGAGAAGGGCCGCUGCGUGCCCCUGGCCAAGUGCUCCUGCUACCACCGUGGCCUCUACCUGGAGGCGGGGGCGGUGGUCCUGAGGCAGGAGGAGCGAUGCGUGUGCCGGAACGGGAGGCUGAACUGCGUUGCCAUCAAGCUGAUCGGCCCGAGCUGCAAAGCCCCAAAGAUCCACAUCGACUGCAACAACCGGACAGCGCUGGCCAUCCGGAACCCCCGCCCCGUCAGCUGCCAGACGCUGGCUGCCGGCUACUACCAGACAGAGUGUGUCAGUGGCUGUGUGUGCCCCGAAGGGCUGAUUGACGACGGCCGUGGUGGCUGCGUCGUGGAGGGGGACUGCCCGUGUGUGCACAACAACGACAUGUUCUCCCCCGGGGACAAGAUCAAGGUGGACUGCAACACCUGCACCUGCCAGAGAGGGCGCUGGGCAUGCACCCAGUCCAAGUGCCACGGCACCUGUGUCAUCCACGGGAGCGGCCACUACAUCACCUUUGACGGGAAGUACUACAACUUUGACGGACACUGCUCCUACGUGGCGGUUCAGGACUACUGCGGACAGACUUCCUCGCUGGGCUCCUUUAGCAUCAUCACCGAGAACGUCCCCUGCGGCACCACGGGCGUCACCUGUUCCAAGGCCAUCAAGAUCUUCAUUGGGAGGACAGAGCUGAAGCUGGAGGACAAACAGCACACAGUGAUCCAGCGCGACGUGGGCCACCACGUGGCCUACACCACACGGGAGGUGGGCCAGUACCUGGUGGUGGAGGCCAGCGUUGGCAUCAUCGUCAUCUGGGACAAGAAGACCACCAUCUUCAUCAAGCUGGCCCCCUCCUACAAGGGCACUGUGUGUGGCCUGUGCGGGAACUUCGACCAGCGCUCCAGCAACGACUUCACCACGCGGGACCACAUGGUGGUGGGGAGUGAGCUGGACUUCGGGAACAGCUGGAAGGAGGCCCCCACCUGCCCGGACGUGAGCGCCACCCCCGAGCCAUGCACCCUGAACCCGCACCGCCGCUCCUGGGCUGAGAAGCAGUGCAGCCUCAUCAAGAGCUCGGUCUUCAGCACCUGCCACAGCAAGGUGGACCCCAAACCCUUCUAUGAGGCCUGUGUCCAGGACUCAUGUUCCUGCGACACGGGUGGCGACUGCGAGUGCUUCUGCUCUGCCGUGGCCGCCUAUGCCCAGGAAUGCACCAAGGAGGGGGCCUGCGUGUUCUGGAGGACGCCGGACCUGUGCCCCAUAUUCUGCGACUACUACAACCCCCCGCACGAGUGUGAGUGGCAUUACGAGCCCUGUGGGAACCGCAGCUUCGAGACCUGCAGGACUGUCAACGGCAUCCACUCCAACAUCUCCGUGUCCUACCUGGAGGGCUGCUACCCCCGGUGCCCUAAGAACAGGCCCAUCUAUGAUGAGGACCUGAAGAAGUGCGUCACAAGAGACAGAUGUGGCUGCUAUGUCGAGGACACCCACUACCCACCUGGAGCAUCCGUUCCCACGGAAGACAUCUGCCAGUCUUGCGUGUGCACCGACUCCUCGCAGGUGGUCUGCCGGCCCGAGGAAGGGAAGAUUCUCAACUACACCCAGGAUGGCUUCUUCUGUUACUCGGAGACAUGUGGGCCCAAUGGGGCGGUGGAGAAGCACUUCAACAUCUGUACGACUACCUCACCACCCUCAUCCACCACCACGACCCCUGGCCCCUCCACCACCUCGACCACCACCGCCACCUCGACCACCACCUCGACCACCACCACCAUCCCCUCAACCACCACAGUGUUGGUCACCAAGCCUGCCUCUUGUUCCCUAGGGCCGUGCUGCUGGUCCGACUGGAUCAACGAGCAUCACCCCGGGACCGACAUUGACAGUGGAGACUGGGAGACGUUCGACAGGGUCUGCCGGGCCCCCGAGGACAUCCAGUGCAGGUCGGCCGUGGAGCCGCAGCUCGGCUUGGAGGAGCUCGGCCAGAGGGUGCGGUGCAACGUCUCGUCUGGGUUCAUCUGCAAGAACCAAGACCAGUUUGGAACCGGACCAUUUGAAGUCUGUUACGACUACGAGAUACGUGUCUUUUGUUGCCAGCCAAUGUAUGAGUGUCCUACAACCACCACCCCGGAGACGACAACCCCAACAACUACCCACACUACCACCACCACAGGGACCCCAACGCCAACUCCCACCAUCACCACCAUUACCUCCACAAGGCCCUCAACCCCAACACCCACCACGACCCCCACCACCACCUCGACCAUGACCACCACUCCGUGUAUGGAUGACUGCAUAUGGACUGGCUGGCUGGAUUCUGGUAAACCAGCAUUUACCAAACCGGACCACAACCUUCACCACUACUCCCACAACAGGGACCACGACCCCCGGCACUACCAGAACCGCGGAGACGCCAACACUAACCCCCACCACUACCACCACAAUGCCCACAACCCCCACCACUACACCAACCACAGGGCCCACGGCGCCCACCACAACCACGACCCCGGGGACCCCCACGCCAACCCCUACUGUCACCACCACAAUGUCCACAACGCCCACCAGUACUACCAUCCUGGGGACCCCCACACCAACAUCCACCGUCACCACUACAAGGACCACAACCUCCACCACUGUCCCCAUCACUAUCACCACGGUGUGGACCCCAACACCGACUCCCACCAUCACCACCACUACCUCCACAUGGCCCUCAACCCCAACACCCACUACGACCGCCACCACCACCUCGACCAUGACCACCACUCCGUUGCCCACAACCCCCACCACUACACCAACCACAGGGCCCACGGCGCCCACCACAACCAUGACCCCGGGGACCCCCACACCAACCCCUACUGUCACCACCACAACCCCACCUCGGGCACCCCAAUCCCCACUACUACCACCACACUGGGGACCCCAACUCCAACCCCCACCUUCACGAUCACAGAGACCACAACGCCCACCACACCUCCCACCCCAGGGACCCCAACCAUGACCACCAGCACUAUGACAACAGAGACCAGCACCCCUACCACUUCCUCUACCCCAGGGACCACAACCCCCACCUCUACCACCACCCCAGGGACCCCAACUCCCACGGCCACCACCACCUCAGGGACCACAACCCCCACCAUUACCUCCACCCUGGGGACAUCAACACUCACCCCCACCAUCACCUUCAGUACCUCCACAGAGACCCCCACCACCACCUCCACCACCACAGAGACCAAAACCCCAACCCCCAGCACCACCACAGGGACCACAACCACCACCACCAUCACCACCACUGAGACCCCAACCCCGACUCCAAGUGUCCUCACCACCAGCACGGAGACCCUGACUCCUACAGGCACAAGACCCACUGUCCACCUCCCCCUCCUCCACGGCAUCAACCACACUGCUGACCACCACCCCAACGAUCGUGGAGACAUCCAGCACACCUUGGCCCCCAACACCAACGGCACCAACGGUCACUACACCCUCUCGUCCGCCCAGCCCCGGCACCACCACUCCAGUGAGAGUGGUCUCCAGGAAGGUUCCAGCGGGCUUGGCACGCAGACCUCAGGUCCCACCCCCUCGAAGACCACACCCACCGGUGGGACCACCACCGGGCCCCCAUGGCCCACCACGGGACUCCCCUCCACACCCACUCCUGUGACUGUCUCAACAAUCACCAAGGGAACCCCCACCCUGACCUCGACCACGUCACCCACGCCGCAGACCACCAGCACCUCGACCACCAGUGUGCCCACCCCUACCUUGACCCCAUUUGGCACCACAAGCACCAUCAUCACCACCACCAGCAAGAUUGUCCCCUCCACCAUUGUCAUCUGCUGUGUUCUGAAUGACACGUACUACGCCCCAGGCGAGCUGGUGUACAAUGGCACGCAUGGAGACACCUGCUAUUAUGUGAACUGCUCGCUGAACUGCUCCCUCCAGUUUUUCAACUGGUCCUGCCCGUCCACACCCUCCCCAACACCCAGCCCAUCCGCGCCCACGCCCCAGCUGUCCACGACGCCCAGCCCAUCCACGCCCACGCCCCAGCUGUCCACGACGCCCAGCCCAUCCGCACCCACGCCCCAGCUGUCCACGACGCCCAGCACGCCAGCCACCACCAAGCCCCCUGGGUGCCUGGACUUUGACCCUCCCAGAAAGGUGAACGAGACGUGGUGGAUCUGUAACUGCACCAUGGCCACGUGCAAGCACGACAACACGGUGGAGAUCGUGCAGGUGGAGUGCAAGCCCCCGCCCAUGCCCACCUGCUCCAACAAUCUCAAGCCCGUGCGUGUCCUGGACCCCGACGGCUGCUGCUGGCACUGGGAGUGCGACUGCUACUGCACGGGCUGGGGGGACCCGCACUACACCACCUUCGACGGGCUCUACUACAGCUACCAGGGCAACUGCACGUACGUGCUGGUGGAGGAGGUCAACCCCACAGUGGACAACUUCGGGGUCUACAUCGACAAUUACCACUGUGACGUCAACGACCACGUGUCCUGCCCCCGCACGCUCAUCGUGCGCCACGAGACCCAGGAGGUGCUGCUCAAGACCGUGCAGAUGAUGCCGCUGACCGUGCAGGUGCGGGUCAACAAGCAGGCCGUGGCGCUGCCCUACAAGAAGUACGGGCUGCAGGUGUACGAAUCGGGCUUCAAGUAUGUGGUGGACAUCCCCGAGCUGGGCGCCCUCAUCUCCUACGACGGCCUCUCCUUCUCCAUCAGGCUGCCCUACCGCCUGUUCGGCAAUAACACCAAGGGCCAGUGUGGCACGUGCACCAACAACACCUCGGACGACUGCGUGCUGCCCAGCGGGGAGAUCAUCUCCACCUGUGAGGUCGCAGCUGACCAGUGGGUGGUGAAUGACCCCUCCAAGCCGCACUGUCCCCACUCCAGCUUCACCACCCAGCGCCCGGCUAUCACGACAGCGGGGGCCAGCGGCACCACCCUACGCAAGGGUUGUGCGUCUCCUCUCUGCGAGCUCAUCAAGGACAGCUUGUUCGCCGAGUGCCACGCCCUGCUGCCCCCCCAGCACUACUACGAUGCCUGCGUGUUCGACAGCUGCUUGGUGCCCGACUCGGGCCUGGAGUGCAUCAGCCUGCAGACCUAUGCGGCCCUCUGUGCCCGGGAGGGCGUCUGCAUCGACUGGCGGAACCACACCCACGGGGCCUGUUCGGUGACAUGCCCGUCUCACAGGGAGUACCGGGCCUGUGGUCCUGCGGAGGAGCCCACCUGCGAGUCCAGCUCCUCGCAGCAGAACAGCACCAGCCUGGUGGAGGGCUGUUUCUGUCCCGAGGGUACCGUCAACUACGCCCCUGGCUUUGAUGUCUGUGUGGAGUUCUGCGGCUGUGUGGGACCUGACAAUGUGCCAAGAAAGUUUGGGGAGCGCUUCAAGUUCGACUGCAAGGACUGCGUCUGCCUGGAGGGCGGAAGAGGCAUCAUCUGCCAGCCCAAGACAUGUCGCCAGAAGCCCCUCUCUCAGUGCGAGGAGGAUGGCACCUACCUGGUGAUGGAGGUUGACCCCGCCGACACCUGCUGCCACGUUACCUCCUGCAAGUGCAAUGCCAGCCUGUGCAAGGAGAACCCCCCCACAUGCUCUCUGGGAUUUGAGUUGAAGAGCGAGAUGGUAGCCGGAAGGUGCUGCCCCUCGUACUCGUGCGUGCCCAAAGGCGUGUGUGUUAUCGGGAAUGCUGAGUACCAGCCCGGUUCUCCAGUUUAUUCCUCCAAGUGCCAGAGCUGCGUCUGCACCACCAGCAGCAACAGCACCACACAGCUCAACGUCAUCUCCUGCACCCACGUGCCCUGCAGCACGUCCUGCAUCCCCGGCUACGAGCUCGUGGAGGCCCCUGGGGAGUGCUGCAUGAAGUGUGAGCAGACCCACUGCAUCAUCAACCGGCACAACAUCCAGUACAUUCUGAAGCCCGGGGACAUAAAGCAGGACCCCACCAACAACUGCACCUUCUUCAGCUGUGUUAAAAUCAACAACCAUCUCAUCUCUUCCCUCUCCGACAUCACCUGCCCUGACUUUGACCCCAGUAUCUGCCUCCCGGGCUCUGUCACACUCACGCCCAACGGCUGCUGCAAGACAUGCAUCCCCCGCAAUGAGACCAGGGCCCACUGUUCCACCAUCCCCAUCACCAAGAGGAUUUCACACGGCGGCUGCACCAAGUUGGUCACCAUGAAUUACUGCUCCGGCUCCUGCGGGACCUUCGCCAUGUACUCCGCGGAGGCCCAGGCGCUGGACCACAGGUGCAGCUGCUGCAAGGAAGAGCGCACCAGCCAGCGGAAGGUGAUGCUGGACUGCGCCCACGGCAGCUCGCUGAACUACACCUACACCCACAUCGAGAGCUGCCGCUGCCAGGACACCACAUGCGAGCUCCUGCCCACCGAGAACAGCGCCGCCGGCCGCCACAGGCGCUCCGCCCCCAGGGCCCUGGGUCCGUGA